CAACGCUUACAAACACACAACAUCCCUCUAAACGAUUAGGGGUUCAAUUCAGCAUCUCGCUGUCGCACCAAAGACCCACGUCGGUGCACAAAGCUUGCAAACACGAUCAAGAAAAUGUCGCCUUCUGAGAACGAGUUUAACAUCCCGGCCAAAAAUUGCCACAGGAUGGUGAUUCUGGGCUCUACAAAAGUUGGCAAGACGGCCAUCAUCUCUCGGUUUCUGAAUAAAAAAGUCGAGGACCAGUAUACGCCCACAAUCGAGGACUUUCAUAGGAAAUUAUACAGCAUUCGGGGAGAUGUGUACCAGUUGGACAUUCUGGACACCUCUGGAAACCAUCCCUUCCCCGCUAUGAGAAGACUCUCUAUCCUUACUGGUAAGCUUAACUCUGAACUAACAAAACAAAUAUUUUUAAAAUCAUGCAUGCAAUAAUGCUCUAUGCAAAACUUUUAUUGUACACAUUUAGCCUAGGCCUAUGUAAUUAUGGACUUUUUGAGCUGCGAUAUUAACGUGCCUUCCCUUGCUCUUUCAGGUGAUGUUUUCAUCCUGGUGUUCAGUCUGGAUAACAGAGACUCCUUCCAAGAGGUGCAGCGCCUGAAGCGUCAAAUUUAUGAGACCAAGUCCUGCCUGAAAAACAAAACCAAAGAAAACGUGGAUGUCCCGAUCGUUAUCUGCGGGAACAAGUGUGACCGGGAGUUUAACCGGGAGGUUCAGAAUGAGGAGAUUGAGCAGCUGGUGGUUGGUGAUGAACAGUGCGCCUACUAUGAGAUCUCUGCAAAACGCAACACUAAUGUCGACCAGAUGUUUCAGACUCUUUUUACCAUGGCUAAACUUCCCAACGAGAUGAGCCCGGACUCUCACCGCAAAGUUUCCUUACAGUAUUGCGAAGUGCUGCAAAACAGCAGAAGAAAAUCUUUCAGAAAUAAAAAAUUCAAAGACUGCGAGGCAUACGGAAUUGUGGAACCGUUCGCGCGCCGACCAAGCGUGCACAGUGACUUAAGGUACAUAAAAGAGAAAGCUAUCGGCGGCGGACAGAGCAAACAGAGUUGCACCAUCAGCUAAGCAAUUUACUGACAAUAUGCAGGAGAAUUGUUACGAAAUACAGCGAUAGGGAUGAUACCCGCCAGGCUUCUCGCCAGUGUGCGGUGUCCAGGAUAACGCAGCACCCCAAGGCGCAGUGACAGCAAAGGAAGUGUAUCCCAAACCAUGCCAGGACGCGCCGAGAGGGUGCAUGACAUGGUCAGUCCGUUAGACAUUUCCCUGUGGAGUCAAGACUCUCAAAUGUGAUGUGGCUUUAGAGAACCUACAGUGAAGUAGGCUCUUCUUGCCAACUACAGGCUGUAAAAUCUGCCUCUCCUGAAUGGAGAAUGUAGCCUUUACCUAUGGGGUGGCACUUGUUUACGUUUAGCUAUUAUUAUUAUUUUUAAAUGGAAGUCAACUUGAACCUUAAUUGCAUUAUGAAC